AUGAUAUCGCCCGCUGAUUGCAAUACGGAGUGCGUUUGGGCCACCGGUAGACUGAUAUGUCAUCAGAAUCAGUCGCGUGUUCUCAAUGCCGUUGUUGAGCUGUAUGAUUUGGAUGGACCGAGUAAGGGCAAAAUUUUUUUUGACCACAUUGACCCGGAUGACAAGAUGGGCUUCACCUCUGUGGACAACAAGGAUGGAUAUUUUAAUGUGGAGGGUUGCGCAGAUGACUACGACUGGAUUCCAGGUAUCAAAAAUCGACCAGAGGUUUACAUCCGCGUUUUUCAUUUUUGCAAUGUGAAGAAAGGCAGCUACAAGGUCAUCUGGCCGACAUUCAGGGUUUUUGCGCCCAGAACAUAUGAUUAUCAUAUUCGUCACCCUAUUGUUUUAGACGGGUAA